UUAAAUUCAAUUUCUUGGCGGUAAACAUUUAGAACUAUCUUCACGUUUUAUAUCAUUAAUCAAAAAUAAGGAAAAAUAUAAAAUUUUAACUGUCCAUGUAUGUAAUAAUUUGUUCUCGAUCUCGAGUAUAUAAACGGUGACACUUUAAAAUAAAAUUACAUAUCAUUAUAUACUUAUAAAAAUAGACACAUUUUCACUUUUAUCGUAUUGUAACCUCAAUGUACAUAGGAGUCAAGCAUGUGUAGUAAUGUGAAAUUGAAUAUAUGUAUUGUUAAUUAAUGAAAUAAAUUUGUAUUAAUAAUAAUAUUAAUAUUAGAUUUACAUUUUGAUCGAAUCUGACAAGAAAAUAAUACUACAAUUAAAGAUGUGGAAUUGUACAGAACUAAAACGUUCUGUUAACCUAUUAAAAUCAAUAUUAAGUUCUACAAUAAGGUCAAAGCACAAUUGGAUAAUUUACUUGUCCAAGAAUAAUAUUUCACAUUGUAUUAAAACCUAUGGAGUACUAUUACCAUUGCGAUAUAAUAAUGUACCUAUUGAACAAUGCUAUUGUUUUAAUAAGUUUGAAAAUGUUAAGCUAUUUUCUACAACAGUUGUAUUAGCCAAAAGUAAAGAUCGUGGAAAAGAUAAGAAGAAACUUACACAUAAAAAAAAUAUAGAUCUCCGUGAGAUGGAAGAUGUAAUAAAUGUUGAAAAAUUAACAUCGCAACUUGAGAAAACAAUGGAUAGGUUAAAAGAGAAUUAUAUAAAAAAUGUAUCACUGAGGUCUGCUGCUGGAGCAAUCGAAGAAUUACCAGUUGCACUUGAUGGAACACAAUAUUUACUUCAAGAACUUGUGCAAAUUACUAGAACAUCUAAAUUGGUUACACUGAAUGCAAGUGCAUUUCCUCAAUAUAUUCCUAAUAUCAUUCAAGUUCUCUCUAAAAAUCAAAUGAAUUUGAAUCCACAGCAGGAUGGUACUGUUAUAUAUAUUCCUAUUCCUAAAGUGACAAAAGAGUAUAGAGAGAAUUUGUCAAAGAGUGCAAAGUCUUUUUUUAUCAAGUGUCGAGAUGAUAUCAAGGAUAUACGUACUCAGUAUAUAAAAAAAGUUAAAAAUGUAGACAAAUUACCACAAGAUGUAAGCUUAAGAGUUCAAGGAUACAUAGAAGUUUUCACAAAUCAAUAUAUUGAAAAAGCUGAAAAAAUUCUAGAAACAAAACAAAAAGAAUUAAUGGGUGAUUAACAAUAAUUUAAUAGAGUUAUAUCAAUAAUAAAGUUAUGUAUAUAUUUAUCAUAUUGUGUUUCUAAUGGAAUUAUGUAUACAUGCUAUAGCUACAUUAGAAUUUUUUAUAGAAAAUAAAAUACUCUUAUUUUAUGCA